UCUCUUAGCGGAAAGCCAAUCAUCGAGGGCGGUGGGGCGGGGCCAGGCUCGCCGUACAGGCCGUGGCCCGAGUUCCGGCGCCCACCCAGCCCGGCGGGUUAGUAGGAUGGCUCAGGAGGAGGCCGGGAGCCUGCCCGAGGUGCGGGCGCGGGUCGGGGCCUCGCAUGGCAUCACCGACCUGGCCCACAAGCUCCGCUUCUAUGACCGCUGGGCUUCGGACUAUGAUCAGGAUGUGGCUGCCCUGCAGUACCGUGCCCCCCGACUCGCGGUCAACUGACUCACCCAAGCCCUUCCGGGCCCGCCCCACGCUGCCCUGAUCCUGGAUGUGGCCUGUGGCAUUGGCCUGGUGGCUGCUGAGCUGCAGGCUCGGGGCUUUGUCCAGCUGCACGGGGUGGAUGGGAGCCCAAGCAUGCUGGAACAGGCCCAGGCCCGCGGCCUCUACCAGCGCCUCAGCCUCUGUACCCUGCGCCAGGAGCCUCUGCCCAGCUCUGAAGGGACCUUUGACGCAGUGCUAGUGGUUGGUGCCCUCAGUGAUGGCCAGGUGCCCUGCAGUGCGAUAGCUGAGCUCCUGCGAGUUACCAAGCCCCGUGGGAUGGUGUGUCUGACCACCAGGGCCAACCCAUCCAACCUGCGAUACAAGGAGGCACUGGAGGCCACCCUGGACAGGCUGGAGCAGGCCGGGGCCUGGGAACGCCUGGUGGCCUGGCCGUGGACCAAUGGGAACUGGCCACCUCCGAGCUCGAGCUGGUGCCUGGCACUUCUGACAGUGAUGGCUUCAUCUCCGGCAUCAUCUACCUGUACCAAAAGCAGAAGGCGACCCAGUCGAGGGAGUGAGGCCCAGUCUUCAGCCCCUGGUUGGCCACUGACCCUCCAUGUGGCCUCAGCCAGGCCCAUCCUCAGGCCUCCUCUGCUUUGUAAAAUGGGGCCACUGUGCCAAUCCUGCCCCUCAGGAGAGCUCAGCUUAUUAAAUGAGUCCAGAAGGGGAGGCAGGACUCUGGCUCUGUGGAUCUCUUGCCCCAGGAAAGAGUGACCUCUGUCCCUGAGAAAGACAGAAGUGAGAAGGGACAGGACAGAGAGGGCCCCCGAACGUGGCCGUCCCUGAACCAGGCAUGCUAGGGCCACAGAUGUGACUUGAUGACUCCUCCAUGAGGUCCGGGCCCUCCCACCUCUGCCUCAUGGACCAGGACCAUGCUCACCCAUCUGGGCCGUGGCCGUGCACUUUCACAUGUCCAGUAUUCGGUCUCCUCUCUAAAGGGGUGGGAACGCUGAGCUCAGGGCGAGGCUUGGAGACUGCCCUCAGCUGGGCAAGUGAAAGGGCUUUGGUGACUGUCAGCACCGACGGGACGAGGGGACGGGGACAGGGGCCGUGGGAAGGCUUCCUGGGGGAGGCAGCUCCGAGCUGGACCUUCAGGACAAGCAGGAUCUGGAGGGGUGGAGAAAGGAAAAAGGACAUUCCAGGCGGAGGGCAGGGACAGCCUGCACAGAUGCCGGGAGGCGGGACCUGGAGGGUGAGCAGACCAGCCUGGCUGCCCAGACAAAGCUGGGACCAAGAAGGGGAGAGGGCAGGUGGCCCGUUCCCCAGGGCCAGGUCCCCCUCCUGGGGUCCCCAACUCUUCCCAGGGUCCUGGGCACACACUGUGCCUCCUGUGUACGGGGUUUACCCUCUAGCAAAUGAGGGGCUUGAACAGAUGAUUCCAAAGGUUGGGGCUGUUGCGAUUUUUCUCAAUUCCCCGAACCCGGUUUUUCCAGUGUUCCCAUCCUGGCCACAGCACAGUGGUCCUGACCUCACUGACCCCCUGCCCAGGCCUCCAGCCCUGCACCGCCUACCUCCACAGCUGAAAUCAAAAACGAUACAGAGUCUUCCUGUGCACAGGUCCCAUUUAUUGUAGAAAAUAAUAGCAAUUACCAUGAUGAAUAGACCUUAAAUUACAAAACAGAAACCACAAAGAAGGCAGGAAAAGCUCCAGGACUUCCUGGGCUGAGGGCCAGAGACAGACCGUUCCGCCUGUCCUCCCCAGGCUGGCCAAUGACCUUGGCAGGGGUGGUGGAUCCCAAGGCAGCAGAUCCAGAGGUAGCCGGUCUCA